AUGCAGAGCCAACCAGACAAUGUGGCGUAUCCCAUGGAGCUACAAGCGGUUAAUAAGGAUGGAACAGUGGAGGUCCGUGUUCAGGGAAACGUUGACAACAGUAGCAAUGAGCGGUGGGAUGCAGAUGUACAAAAACAUGAGGUGGCGGAGGCUCAAGAGAAACCCGUGGGAGGCAUCAACUUUUGGGCACCACGGGAACUGCGGCUAAAUUACCGCGACUACGUGGCUGAAUUUCUGGGAAACUUCGUCCUCAUAUAUAUCGCUAAGGGCGCGGUUAUCACCUCACUACUUGUUCCAGAUUUUGGGCUUCUCGGUCUUACGAUUGGUAUUGGUGUGGCUGUCACGAUGGCUCUGUAUGUUUCACUGGGCAUCUCCGGUGGCCAUCUCAACUCUGCCGUCACCGUUGGCAAUGCGGUUUUCGGUGAUUUCCCUUGGAGAAAAGUCCCCGGCUACAUCGCGGCGCAGAUGCUCGGCACUUUCCUUGGUGCUGCCUGCGCUUACGGAGUGUUUGCUGAUCUCCUGAAGGCGCAUGGUGGUGGUGAGUUGAUUGCCUUCGGUGAAAAGGGGAUUGCGUGGGUGUUUGCCAUGUACCCCGCGGAAGGAAAUGGUAUAUUUUAUCCAAUUUUUGCUGAACUCAUUUCCACCGCAGUGCUACUGCUCUGUGUCUGCGGUAUCUUUGACCCCAAUAACUCUCCUGCCAAGGGGUACGAAACGGUAGCUAUUGGUGCUCUUGUCUUCGUCAUGGUCAACAACUUCGGCUUAGCGUCUCCCCUUGCGAUGAAUCCCUCACUUGAUUUCGGUCCCAGGGUCUUCGGUGCGAUCCUUCUCGGGGGGGAAGUUUUUUCACAUGCAAAUUAUUAUUUCUGGGUUCCACUAGUUGUUCCAUUCUUUGGAGCUAUCCUUGGACUUUUUCUGUACAAAUAUUUUCUUCCACACUAA